ACCAAUCAGAAAAAACCACGAAAAGAGACGAACGAAAGAUGGAUUGUGGCUCUGUCAAAUAAUUAUUUUGUAUUGAAAUUGAAUUGUUGUGAAUUAGCCAUAAAGACUGCAGUAAUUAAAUUAUAGAUUAAUAAUGGACUACUUAGUAAAUAUCAAUUGGAACAAAGUCACACCAUGCCUUGUCUUAUUAGUGCUAGAAGUAAUGUUAGAAUUUUCAGAGUCUGCGACACCGGCGGAGGUAAACAAACACCUGGACUUAGGUCGUGACUUCCUGGCUCGAGGACAGCUCUCUGAUGCUCUGACGCAUUAUCACGCAGCCGUUGAGGGAGACCCACACAACUACCUCACAUACUUCAAGCGUGGCACAGUGUACUAUGCACUUGGGAAGGCCAAGUUUGCACUACAAGAUUUUAGUAAGGUAUUGGAGAUAAAGUCUGACUUCACAGCAGCUCGGCUACACCGUGCCAAUGUGUACCUGAAACUGGCGCAAUACACAGACGCCAAGGAGGAUUACCUACAAGUUACGUACGCGGAGCCGCACAACGAGGAGGCCCUGAGCCAGUACCAGCGCAUCGACGAGUACGCGUCCGAGCUGCGCCUGGCCGAGGCCUACUACCGCGGGGGCGACCACCGCGCCGCCGCCGACACGGCCUCGCGCCUGCUGGACGUGUCGCCCUGGGCCGCGCAGCUGCGCCAGCUCAGGGCCGAGUGCUACAUAGCCAUGAAUGACUUGUUCUCGGCGGUGUCGGACAUCCGCUCUGUGAACCGUCUGCAGCAGGACUCCACGGACGGCUACUACCGCCUCGCCACGCUGCUGUACCGCCUCGGACACGUUAGCGAUGCGCUCAAGGAAAUCCGCGAAUGUCUGAAACUGGACCCGGAGCACAAGAAAUGCUUCCCGUUCUACAAGAAGGUGAAGAAGGUGGACAAGCUGCUGCUGGAGUGUGAGGAGCUGAGCGAGGCGCGGGACUUCCCCGGCUGCGUGGCGGCCGCCAACAAGGUGUUGCGGGCCGAGGACGAGGUCACGCUCGUCGUGUUCGAGGCCAGGAAGUGGCUCUGCACGUGUCUCGCCAAGGACGAGCAGCACGCAGAGGCGCUGGCGGCGUGCGGCGCGGCGCUGGAGCUGCGGCGCGACGCGCGCCUGCUGUGCGAGCGCGGCGAUGCGCUGCUGGGGCUCGACAUGUAUGACGACGCCAUCCAAUCAUUCAAAGAAGCCUUAGAGUUGGAAGAGGGCCUUCAGCGAGCUAAGGACGGACUCAGUCGCGCACAAAAGUUACAGAAACAGUCCGAACAGAGAGACUAUUAUAAGAUAUUAAAUGUCAAAAGAUCGGCAAGCAAACAAGAAAUCAUAAAAGCGUACCGCAAGGCGGCGCAGAAGUGGCAUCCCGACAACUUCCAGGGAGACGAGAAGAAGUUAGCAGAGAAGAAAUUCAUCGACGUCGCCGCCGCUAAAGAGGUACUGACGGACCCCGAGAAGCGCGCGCAGUUCGACGCGGGCGUGGACCCGCUGGACCCGGAGUCGGGGCGGCAGGGGGGCGGCCCCUUCCACAACCCCUUCCACCACUUCCAGCACGGCAGCCCCUUCCAGUUCAAGUUCCACUUCAACUAGUUCCAGCGCCGGCCGCCGCCUCUCCGAACCAAAGUCUCCCCGCGACUGCCUCACUCCGGCCCGCACACCAGUUACACUUGUCGACGAGUCACUCACAUCACUCGUCGCAAAUUAUAAUAAUGUAUUUCUUGUACAUUUAAAGUUUUUCGUGACUUCGCCAUCCAUGUAACGUUGUCCCGGGCCCCUUCACAGUUACUCUUUACGUUAUGCCAUCCCUCAGUUUAUAUUGUUACUCUAAUUUACGAUAGUUUGACUGAAGACUGCGCCCGAUCACAGAAUCAUGUUACUUAUAUAGCAAAACGCUAGUUGCUGUGAUAUACACUGUAAUGAACAGAUUGCUGUUACACUCUGACGUCAUUGUCAUUGUAUAUAUUGUGUCUCUAACAAGUCCGCUCUGCUCUUUACCCAUUAAGUACCUGUUACUGCAACCUAACAUUGUUUAUAUUGUAACAUUUUUUUUUGUAAUAUCAAAUUUAUAUCAAAGUUCUCAUGAAAAAAAUAAUACUUCAAAUAUAUAUUUCUUAUGUAGUAUAUGGAGCAGAGAUCAUUAUCAUUCAGCUGUUAUACUUAAAACUAAUGAAAGUGCCCGCGCAUUUUCCGCUGGCCUCUCUUUACGUGUGUGGUUACUUAUAAUUAUGGCGAAGUAAUACACUUGAGAUCCAUUUAUCAUUAGCUUGUCGUAUGACAUAAAAAUAAUAUUUUACAACAGCACAAUGCCAUCUAGUCUUUGGCAGAUGUCAUAUUUAUACAUGGUUCCAAAUAAAUACAUAUAAAGAAAAAUUGUUAUCAUCAUUUGUUCUGUGAGUAAAUGUCUGAUAAGCAUUAAUGAAUAAAUGGACCUUGACUAAUCUAACUUUGAUAAAUAACCACACCUCGUAAAGAACCUGUCAAAGGCAUCAUUAAGCCAAUAGAUAUGUAAUGUUUGUACGAGAUAUUAUCUAAGAAUUUCAUACUUCUUGUAAGUUGAUCUCCAAAAUCAAUUUGUUUGUAAAAUAACUCAUUUAAAGUUAACACGAUUGCCACGCUAGAUAACUUAUAGCCAAUGUCCAAUGUUGGUCAAUAACAAUGCUUUAAGUAACUCGCUAUAAUUGGAAUGUUUUGUACUAAUAUUAACCGUAAGUACAAAGGACAGGCAUUUUAUAAAUUAACUUAUCACAUCAUGUGUUUGUUAAAUUUGCAAAAAGUUACUAAUUUUGCAUUAAAUUAAUUUUUAUUUAGUUUCAAUUUUCACAGAAAAUCACAAUAACAUUUUGCUGAUUCUAAACUGACGUGGUAUUUAAGGCUGUAAGAUUUAUAAAACACGGAUCGAUAACCAACGUUUUGUUCGACGUUUGGACUACCGUGGGCCAGUAUGUUUGUCCAAUGUUGGUCAAAAUACGAAUUUAUGUAUUAAAUCAAACUCGUUUGAGAUUCAGAUGGUUUUGCAAGUUUGUUUCGCAAUACGAGGUCAUUAGCAGUCGUGAAACGAAAUAAAUAAAUUUUUAUUUAUUAAUAAGUUAUUUUGUUGUGAUUUCUUGUAACUUGUAAAUAUUAUAGGAAUAUAAGAUAGAUUAAAA